ACCAAAGAUGUACAAGUUUUCACCUUUCAAGCCACUGGGCUGCGUAGCUCUGCUGGCAACCCUACUGCUGGCACUCGCACCCACUGCGGUGGAGUCUGUGUGCAACCAAUGCUAUGGCAACCACGCCUGCAUAAGCAACACCACCUUCCAGCUGUGCAUUGAUGGUGAUCGCAAGACGGAGUACACCUUUGAGUGUCCGGAGUCUAAGCCCAUUUGCUCACGAUUUGGCGACAUCUGCAAGGAUCCGAGUAUGAACCCCGAGCCCGGCUGUGGCGAUACCUCCAACUGUGACGUGUGCACCAAAGAUGGCGGCUUAUCCUGCACCUCGCUUACAGACUUUGGCGUUUGCAUGGGCGGUAAGCUGUUGCCGGGCCGCAGUUCCUGCGACGAGGGCUGGUACUGCAGCAGCACAGGCGCUGCCGAAGGCAAGCCUUGUGUGGUGGCUUGUGACCCAUCUGAGGUGGAUGUCUGUGAUAAAGUUUCCGAGGAGCCUAGCUCAACAACAACUGCAAGCCCUACCACAGAGACCACAGAUAUCCCUACAACGGAGCCAAACACCAGCAGCAGCAGCAGCAGUAGCAGCAGCAGCAGUAGCAGCAGUAGCAGUAGCAGCAGCGCCGUUACGGACUCUAGCCCAGAUUCGAGCACGAACCCAGUCACUUCACCAGUUACCACCUCAACGGAGACCACAGUUACCACUGAACCGACUGAGCCGACUCCAGCGGCCUUCAAUCCCAAUACUUACUGUGGUGGCAUUCAGCGCGCCGGUCGUUUUGCCAUGCCCAAUGACACUGUCUGCAAUAGCUUUGUCCUAUGCAGCUUCAGAGCAAGCGCCUGGACUGGCGUUGUCCGCCAAUGUGCAGCUGACAAACCGUUCUUCAAUGCUGCUGCCAAUAUAAAUACUUGUAGCACCAUCCGACCCACGGCUGCUGGCUGUGUUUAAGAGUUUAUUUAAAAUAUAUUAAAUAUAUGGCAAUUAUU